AUGAAAGAGACAAAGGCUACACUCGAUAAAGAGUAUGGCUUGGUGUGCAAGAACGCUCUCGAGGUCGGGACGUCUGAGUGGUGGAACCUCGAUUGUGGGUAUGCUCUCCCUCCCUCGUUUGAUCUCAUGUCUAUGGAGUUACCAACUCAGCACAUCGCAGAUGCUUGGUUUAGUGAAGCUGAGCUUACGGAGAGUGAUGUUCGCAUGGCUUACUCGAAUGCAUAUGCUGCGUUUUGUAUUGGUCGCAGAAUGGUCGGUGUCUUGUCAGAAAAAAGGAGACUGGCUGAUCGGUAUCAUAGAUAA